GAGAGAUGCUAAUGAAGAGUGAGCUAAUUAUAUCAGGUGGACACUUGAGAGUGUGUUGGCAGCUCUUGUCUGGAGGGGGGAUGGGAGGAUAGAGAGAGAGGGAAGCUGGCAAAAUUGUCAGGAAAGGAGAGACUGAAAGGGCUGACUCAAUAGGGGAAGAGCAGGUGGGAGUACGGAGUAAGAUGUAUGUAAACUUAUAUGUGACAGACUGAUUGGAUUUGUAAACGUUCACUUGAAGCUUAAUAAAAGUUAAUAAAAAAAAAAACUGAAAAAUCAAGAAGUAGCAAUAUAAGCAUAUACAUAAACAUGCACACACACAUAAAUAUAUAUUAUUCUGGACUUUCUUCUGUGUACUUACAUAUUAAAAUGUUUAAAUGUACAACCACUUCAAUUACUUUAAAGGUCCUUUCAACAGAUCUAAGAACUAAUGAGACAUUCUAAAAAAACAUCAGCCUUUCAUUCUCCACGGUGAAGGGUCAUGGGCUUGUUUUAUGCUUUAUGCAUUUUAGAAAUUUUUUUUUUAAAGGGAAUCAAAAUCUUCUUAAAAAUCACUAAACCUUUUAGUUUCUUAUUGAGAUGAAAUACUCUCUUUCCUAUCAGGCAAGCGAUAUGAAAAUCACAUGCAUCACGAUAUUCCUUUGGCUUCUCUCCAUCAUAUUAUCAUCAGAUGAAGUCCAGGCUUCUAACAGAGAAGUCAAGUGCAAACUCACUAAAAAGAACUAUUCUUUGAUUCCAGCGGAUAUCAAUAAAGAUGUUAACAUACUUGAUCUCAGUUAUAACCAAGUUACUUUAAAUGUUACAGACAUAAGGGUUCUACAGAAGUAUUUUUUACUCACUGAGCUCUAUCUGAUCGAAAACAAUGUCUCUAUCUUAUAUAGUAACAGUUUUGGUAACCUCUCCAAUCUAGAAAUUUUAAAUAUCUGUAGAAACUCCAUCUACGUAAUUCAACAGGGUGCUUUUGUGGGCUUAAAUAAACUGAAACAGUUACAUCUCUGCCAAAACAAAAUAGUUCAGCUGGAUCCUGUUAUGUUUGUGCCUCUGAAACACCUGAUACUUCUGAAUCUGCACAGCAAUUCGAUACGCUCUUUUGAUGUUCCACAACUAUUUCACCUGGAAUUAAUAAUUUUAUAUGGAAAUCCAUGGAACUGCUCUUGCAGACUAUUCAAUUUGCAGAACUGGUUGAACACAUCAAAUGUGACACUAGAAAAUGGGAACAUCACGAUGUGUAGCAAUCCAGAUAUUCUGAAGAACUACGGUAUUAAAACAGUACCUUUUAAGGCUGAAUGUCACUCAAAAUUUUCCUUAUCUACAACUGAAGAUCUUUACGUCUAUUUUAACUCUAGUAAUAAGUCAACAUUUAAUCAUUCUUUGAACAACUUAACAAGAAAUCCAGAACAUGAACGUUUUGGAAAAAGUUGGGCUUUUCUCGUGGGUGUUGCUGUCAGUGUCCUGAUGACUUCACUCCUCAUUUUUAUUGCUAUCAAAUGCCCACUAUGGUACAGCUUUGUGCUCAGUUAUAAUCAUCAUCGCCUGGAAGAGCAUGAAGCAGAAACCUACGAAGACGGUUGUACUGGAAACCCAAGUUCUCUUUCACCGGCACCAAAUACAAACUCUGAAGAAACUACAGUAAUAUUUGGACAACUACCUUCAUUCGCGGUAGAUGACGAUGGGUUUAUUGAAGACAAAUACAUAGAUACGCAUGAAUUACAUGAAGAAAAUUAAUUUAUUUUAAUGUUUGGUUCUUUUAAAAAUAUUAUCAGUCCACUCACAGUUUAGACAUGGGGAUUCUGAAAUGUGACAUAACAAACACAUUCAUAUUAAUUACAAUAUAGAUCAAUAUCAUAAAAUUAUGUUCUUUUCAUUGAUAUUGAACAAACCAAAAACUCACUGCCAUCAAGUCAAUUCCAACUCAUAGCAACCCUAUAGGACAGAGCAGAACAGCCCCACAGAGUUUCCAAGGAGCUCCUGGUGGAUUCAAACUGUCGACCUUUUUAGUUAGCAGCUGUAGCACUUAACCACUAAGCCGCCAGGGUUUCCGAGUAUUGACCAAGCAGGUCAAAAUACAAUAAUUGACACUCCUCAGUAGCCAACAGUUGCAUAGUUAGUCUACGAUACUAGCAAUAUUGUCCUCAGUAGUAUUUAAGAGACCAUACAUAUUAGUAAGGAAAAAGCCAAAGGUAAGUUGCUGAUUAAUUGAAAUGAACUGAUUCUCAUAUUAACCCAGAUAUUUGAAUGUAAUACAUCUUUGAUUAUACUAAAGCUCCAUUCAAUAAAAAGAAAUAAUACAUUUUGGAUUUAUAUCAUUAUUUAAGUCAAACUGACAAUGUACCUACUCCUCACUUAUCAACUAUCUCAUUUGCAUUUAUAACAAUAGUAAAAAAAAAUCUACUAUCUGACUAUCUUGCACAUCAACGACGUAUAUCUGGCAGUUACGAAUGCUCCUGGUGUGAGGUGAGAGUAACACUGGCUUGAUGGUUAAGGUUAUGUGUUAUCCUGGCUGGGCCAUGAUUCUCAGUGAUUUGGCAGUUAUCUGAUGAUGUAAUUUGGCAGUUAUGUAAUGAUGUAGUCAUCCUGCAUUUUGUGAUCUGAUGUACUCACCCUCCAUUUUCACAUAACACUGAUUUUCACAUAACAACAUGGUCUUUGGAACCUAACCAUGUCAAUAAGUGAGGAGUGAGUGUAGUGUACCCUAAAAUUAAUUUAAUGCUCAUAGUGUGAACUCAUGGAGUUGAAAAAUAUAUAUAUUUUAAAAAUGCUUCCUGAAUUAGCACAGUAAAUUUCCUUAAAAUUUAGUAGCAAUU